GAGCCCCAUGCCUAACUAUGGCCACCCACCAACCCCAAGGGACGGCACAAACACCUGCAACAAAAAACCUGAAAAACACACAGAAUUAGAUACAUCCACUAUAUAAAGACAUACACAGUUUCUUACACAGUUCUCUUUUCUGGGGUUGAAUGGGAGAAGCGGAGUCCCACGUGUUUCUCGUUUUUCUUCAUCACAAAACAACCCCAUAUGUGUGUGUUUCAAUCUGAUUCUUUACCCAGAACCCAAAGGAUCCCAUAUACCUAUAUUCUCAAAGCAGCACUCAUCGUAUCCUCGUCAAGAAAUCGAAUCUAAUUCUGAUUUUUCUGGAGUAUCCGAUUGCCAAAAAUGCAUUUUUUGAAUACCCAUUUGGCUAGAAUGGAAUCUUUUCCGUUCCCUAAUUGCUUGAUUACAUGAAUUAUUGCAUUUGGGUAUUUUCUGAAACCUAAGAGAAAGCUUUGUUGCGAGGUUCUGAAUAAUGGGUAGAAGAGAAACACAAAUUUUGGAAGAUAGAAAAGAUGGGUUUUCCUCUGGUUCUCAACUGGGGUUUCAAUGGAGUCUCCAGGGUGGAAAUUUUCACCCUGGUGGUUUAUUUGCUAGUGUGGGUCAAAUGGGUAAUAUGGGCUUUGGAGUUUCACCAAAUUCACCCAAUUCCAGAGACAAUAAUGGUGGCUUUAAGCUUCCAUAUACUGAUUUAUAUGCGAAGUAUGUGUCGUCUCCAGAGGGUUUUAAGAUUGUGGGUGUUCCAGAAGAAGAAGGGGCUUUGAAGAAGAGAGGUGGGCUUAAAUUGAAGGUGAAGGUUGCAAACCCUUCAUUGAGGAGGUUGAUAAGUGGAGCGAUUGCGGGAGCAGUUUCUAGGACUGCUGUUGCUCCAUUGGAGACAAUUAGGACCCAUUUGAUGGUGGGCAGUAGUGGGCAUUCUACUACUGAGGUGUUCCAUGAUAUCAUGAAGACUGAUGGAUGGAAAGGAUUAUUUAGGGGUAAUCUGGUUAAUGUGAUCCGGGUUGCGCCAAGCAAAGCCAUAGAGCUAGCUGCUUAUGAUACAGUCAACAAGAACUUGUCACCCAAGCUUGGGGAAGAGCCCAAACUCCCUAUACCUGCAUCACUGGUUGCAGGGGCCUGUGCUGGAAUCAGCUCCACUCUGGUGACAUAUCCACUUGAAUUACUUAAGACUCGGUUAACCAUAGAGAGAGGAGUUUAUGAUGGUUUGUUUGAUGCAUUUAUUAAAAUAUUGCGAGAGGGGGGACCAGGGGAGCUCUACCGAGGUCUCACCCCUAGUCUAAUAGGGGUAAUACCAUAUGCUGCCACAAACUACUUUGCUUACGACACAUUAAGGAAGUCCUAUCGAAAAGUUUUCAAGCAAGAGAAAAUCGGCAACAUAGAAACUCUCUUGAUUGGAUCUGCCGCUGGUGCUAUAUCAAGUAGUGCGACUUUUCCACUUGAGGUGGCUCGCAAGCACAUGCAGGUGGGGGCUCUUAGUGGAAGACGAGUAUAUAAGAAUGUGCUUCAUGCUCUCACUAGCAUUCUUGAACAGGAAGGAAUCCAGGGUUUAUAUAAAGGCCUUGGCCCCAGCUGCAUGAAGUUGGUGCCUGCUGCUGGGAUUUCAUUCAUGUGCUAUGAAGCGUGCAAGAGGAUUUUGGUAGAGAAAGAUAAUGACGAUGAGUAGAAGAGUUUUUUCAAGAGAACAAGUGAUGGUGGGUUCACCGUUUGCUGCUGAUCAAGGAAACAAUCUUAUACACACAUCGAGUGAGUUUAUGUUGCAUCUUUCUUUUUCCCCUUAAUUUUUUUUGUGAGAUUCAGUAAUAGGAGCCUGGUUUUUUGAGGUUAGAACUGGAACAUUUUCAGAGAAACAUUAGAAGUCGCUUUGGUUUUUGUUUUCAUUGGUUAAACGACUAUCUUAACUGCUGUAACCCGGUUUAGAGGGACUUGCAUUACAAUCUAUUCGUAG